CAUUAGCACUCAGGGGAUGAAAUAUUAUUAUAGACUGAGCUGAUAGCAAGAGUAAGUCAGGAACGAAUUUGGUAGAUUGGUCGAUGGUUUCGGUAUCGCGAUUAUCCCAAAACUAGAGGCAGGGGUAACGUCGUAUGCAACCCUCUUGCUGCAGACUUAGCGCACUCGUGAUGUAGCAAUUAACUUGGAUGGUCUAAUCAGUAGCAGCUCACUCAUUGGCUUAUUCGAUUCCCCUUCGACUAUUUUUGUCAUCACCAAAUCCGACCGGAAUUGGAGUCCACGUCCGACUCUGUCCCUGUCGACAUCUCCUGGGCUCUGCCCAACUAAACGAGCACAGCCGCCUCUCUAAUAAAUGGUCACAUCUGGAACCUUAUAUGAGCCGCUACGCCUAUCUUAAAUGUCCUAGUCCUGUGGCUAUGUAUCUAUAUCAUGAUAUCUCUCUGGUUCAAAAAGUGCAACCCAGCGCAUUCUGAAGUCAAAGACCUUUUCCCCCGCCUCGGCCCACAAGGCUAUCAUAGGUACUUGGACAUAUCUCGCAGCGCCUCAUCUCACAUCUACCGCAGCUCAUCAUGGUUGGCGUAGCUGGCAGGAGUAAGGGCUGCAAUACUUGUCGGAAAAGAAGGGUUAAGUGUGAUGAGGCGAAACCCCAAUGCGGUCGCUGCAUCAAGGCUGGUUUCGAAUGUUUAGGCUAUCAGAGAGUCACGCAAUGGCGACACACUUCACUGGCCCCGGUUGCAACAUCCCGCUUGCACAUGUCUGAAUUUGUGGAUAUCGUGCAGCCGGUGCCCGUGAGUUUCGUCCCCCCACCAGAGCUCAGUCUAGGCGCCUUCGAAAGGGAUAUGUGCACGGCUCACAUGUUCGGAAACUUCGUAUGGAGGUCCUAUGGCUCCCUGUGGCUCAACCACGCAUGCGAGGGCAAACUUGGGAACCUUUCUCUUGAUGCCGUGACCGCCCUCUCUCAGUUGAGCUUCGGUCUAAAUAAUAAGGUUCAAGAACUUCAAUUCAAAGGGGCAGCACAGUACGGAAGAUGCUUAAGGAUCCUAGCCGAAGAGCUUCGUAGAGACAAUGCCACAGCUUACGAUAAUAGAAGGCUUGUAGUACCCAUUCUCGUCCUGAUGAUGGUUUCGGCGAUUCAAACAGAUAGAACUGGCGCUGCCUUUCAUCUGAAGGCAAUUGAGAAGGUCUUGAUACUGUGCGGUCCAAGGGCAUUUCAGCAACAGCCCCUAAGGAACGCCUUCGAAGCUGCCAGGGCCACCUUACUAAUUGCCUCGUUAUUUUCCAGACGAAGGAUAUUUCUCGAAGAUCCACGCUGGCAAGACGUUCCAUACGCAUUAGACCCAUGUGCAAAACCCCAGCAAUCAAGACUGCUCGAUAUCUUAGUCGCUAUACCAGGUUUGCUAGAAGAAAACGCCCGCAUUGACAGCAUGGGCUAUCAUCCAGAGGACGAUCCAGCCGCUUCUCCCCCCGCCUCAGAUAAGCGUCUGAUCUGUCGUGAGAAUUUAUGUGAAUAUAUGGUCCUUCUACUAGGGAAACUUUUCCGGUGGCGCUGGGACUGGCAACGCGAAUAUGGCCAAUACGUCUCAACAGAUGGUUACGAACGUCAAUCAAAUAAUUCCCCAACAGAUUCCGAGUUCACCGACACUCCUGAGGAACUCGGACGCUUGCGGUUCGAUCGCUCUAUGCAUGCUAAUGAUAUCAUGCUCUAUAACUCUGCCCUGAUGUGGUUGAUGACUCUUUUAUGGAAACUAAAUCCGUUACAAACAAAAUCCAUCAUACAAGAAUGCGCACGACAUGCUGCUACCUCAUCGGCCUUCACGCCACAGUCCUCAACAUUAUCACACGUUUCAUUCGAACCAUUAAGUGAGCCCGGUAGCGCCUUUUCUAUUCGAGACCCUGCCCUUGAAAUAUGUCGUGUUUUUGAUUGGCAAUGUCGGCACCACGGUCAGUGUGGCGCUCUUGACGAUCAGGCUUGCCUGUAUCUAUUCCCGGUAGGGAUGGCCCGAAGCGUCUUGGGUGCCGAGCCACAUUACCAGCAGUGGAUCGAUGACAUGCUGGACUCGACUCCUAUUACAGCAGGCUACGGCAGGCAUGGCGGAAGCAUAGUAGGCUUCAGCUCAUAUAUCACAAGAUACGCCCUCAACCCUGACAUUCGUGGUUGAAGAGAAUGUUUGCAUGGUAUGGGCCAAGGCAUCAUGCGAAAUGGGCACUAGGUUCCCAACACAAUUGGUAUCAAGGCUUUUACCGCCUUGUAAUGGAUGUGAAAACACCGCUCCAGUAUCUUCACGAAAUAUGACAGCUUCUAGCCAAACUAUAAGGGGACUUUGAAGUUGUGCUAUGCGCCUUGGACCUCGUUAUGAUGAUUCAUGAUAA